UCAGUUCGUCUCCCUUUUCCCAGCUUUCCUUCUCCGUUAGGAUUCUUCGAUUCACUGCCUUUGAUAUAGAAGCAAGGAUCGGCGAGGAGAAGUGCAGGUUCGGGGUUCGUCUAUGGCGUCGUCACUUCGGUCGCUGGCAAUGAGGGAGGCCCGAGGGGGGCGGUUGUACGCGCGCAUGUUCGUCGGUCGGAAGACCUCUAAAUCGACCUACUUCCUUGUCCUUCUGGCGCUUCUCGCCCUCUCGCUUGUACUGCUACUGCUUCUCCCCCUCCAUUUCGACGACGCUUCCAUCCCCCGCCUCCACAAGCACUUCCUGCGUGAACAGGAGGGUUUUGGGCAUCGAGGGCCACAGUGGACGGAGGUUGUCUCUUGGGAACCGCGAGCGUUUAUGUACCACAAUUUUCUGUCCAAGGAAGAAUGUGAGCAUUUUAUUAUGUUGGCAAAACCUCAUAUGAAGAAGUCAACAGUUAUUGAUAAUUCUAAUGGCAAGAGUAAGGACAGCAGGGUCCGGACAAGCACAGGCACAUUUCUCCAUCGGGCGCAAGAUAAUGUAAUCAAGGCUAUUGAGACAAGGAUAGCAAAUUAUACAUUUAUCCCAGUGGAACAUGGGGAAGGGCUUCAAGUUCUGCAUUAUGAAGUUGGGCAGAAAUAUGAACCUCAUUAUGACUAUUUCUAUGACAAAUUUAACAUUAAGAAUGGAGGUCAGCGAGUGGCUACUCUUCUAAUGUAUCUUUCGGAUGUUGAAGAAGGUGGUGAGACAGUUUUUCCCAAUGCCAAAGUAAACAGCAGUUCUUUACCAUGGUACAAUGAGUUAUCAGACUGCGGAAAAAGAGGUCUUGCUCUUAAGCCAAAGAUGGGAAAUGCAUUGCUUUUCUGGAGUAUGAAGCCUGAUGGCACUGUAGAUCCGUUGAGUUUACAUGGUUCGUGUCCUGUGAUCAAGGGAAAUAAGUGGUCUUCCACAAAGUGGAUGCAUGUACAUGGGUACCAUUGAUGGAAAGAUCUCGCUAUCCAAUCAUUGUUUGUCAAUCCUUCUUGGCCCGACAUAAUAGCAACAUUCUUCCAAGGUAAAACAAUUUCGUUAGCACGCAUAGCAUAUCAAUAGUUCUUUGAACUGAUAUGUUUGGCUGCAGAUAUGAUAUGCAAACGAACACAUUUUCCCAGUGGCAAACAAACAUCCUGUUUAUGAACAAAUUUUCAUCAGGACUUCAAAAGCAUAUUGUAUCAUGAUAUAUGGAAUAAAAAUGUUUAUCAACAUGUAUGCAAUAGAAUAAGAAUGUGCCUUAGUUUUUUCUCUCUCAAAACUUCAGCUUGUUACUUGAGUACAACAAUUGAUGAGAUCUGAACACCAGGCUUCAUGCUUU